AUCUCUCUGAAAACUAUAGAAUUUCAAAGUGGGGUAUGUUAUGAUUUAUAGGUAUUUCAAUUAGGCUAGUCUUUGACAAUAGUACAUUUGAAAUCUUUACAUAACCGAAUUAUAACUGGUGGUAGAUUCUCUCAUUUAUAUCUGUAAAUUAUUUCAAGGCUAUGCAUUGCUGUUGAUUUUAGAAAAGAAUAUCUUCUGUACAGAGUUGACAUGUGUGAUUAUUACAAGGCUAACACACGCCUCAUUACCUAUUGAAGACACAGGGUUCAAAAAUUCAACUAUAAGAUAAUAAAAUAUUAAUAAAAAUAAAUGCAAUAAUUUCAUCUUCCUUUGUAGAUCUGACUUAAGAAGUGGGGACAUUUAUAAACUCUAAUUGCCAAGCUGUUGUCUGGUUUUUAUAUAUCCAACCUCUGUAAUACAAUAAUAGACUCAAUAUGAAAUUACGACUUUCUAGGUAUACAAUACAGGUAAUACUUGGAGCUUGGAUAAUAAUACUAAAUGUGUAUAUAUUCCUCUACCAUGCCGACACCAUAUCAGAAAGUUUAAAGAAUAUAACUAAUACUAAAGGAACUUCAGACAAUGAAGACUACGAUGACACCAAUGGUUGGUCCUUUGAAUUCGAAGAUAGUGAUGAAUAUAAUAAUAUGAGAAUCUAUCAAGGACUAAAUACUUCUAUUUUAGAUAGUACAACUAUAACGUUAUAUCAACGAUUUGCAGAAUUGAAAGAUGAUAGAAAUAUCAAGCCCAUAUUUUCAACCAAUUAUGAAUCUAUCUUUAAACAUCAUCCUGAGCCAUUAGAAAUUAUCGCUAAUUUGGAUUUUCAAGAACGAUGUGAUUUAUAUUUCCAACAUUUAUUCUUAAAUCGUCAUAAUUGGUAUGUCAAUCCAGAUGAAGCAUUGCCACUCGAAGGAAGAAAUGAAUUCGCCUAUAGAACAUGGAAACAUAAUAAAAUGAAUGAGAUGAAAGAUAAAUUUAAACAACAACAUAAGCUUGGUGAGGAUGAUGAUAUCGAUAAUGAAAAAUUAGAAGAAUUCAUCAAAUAUAGGUAUACCUUGUUCUGGAAUCAAACUUUGAAAGUUGAGCAAAAAUCAGUAGAUAUGAUCAAUAAUUUGAAAGUAUUUAAUAAGUGUUAUCUUACAAAAGAUAAACAAGCUAAAGAUCAAUUCAUUGAAAGUCAAAAAAGGUUUUCUAAAAUUAUUGGACGGGACAUUCCUUCAUUUCAAUUCACAUCCGAUGAGAAAACAGUUAAAAUAAAUACUAAAAACUGUAAUGACUUGGAAAUGAGAAUAUACCCUUGGUUAUCAAUGCAUUAUCCUAUUUUUGAAAAAUGGAAUGGGGAUAUUCAGUUGCAUCCUCCUAAAUAUAAUAAUUAUAAAAGUUCAACUCCUAAUCUAGAUAAAAAUAAUAAUAAUGGUUGUUUCUUAUCAAAAUUUAAAUCUGAUUUGGAUGGAAGAGGUAUUGUAUUAACUCUUGGAGAUACUCAUCUUGAAAAUACUUUGAAUUUAAUCAAACUAUUACGAGCCCUAGAUAAUACUCUCCCAAUUCAAAUAGUGUAUUAUGAUAAUCUUGGAGCAAAUACCAAGAAAGAGAUUGUCAAAGCGGCUCGUGAACCAUUUAAAGAUUUACCAGCAUCAUUUGAAAAUAUCAGUCAUAUGUUCCGUGAUAAUUACGAUCAUGGAUUACCAAAACAAGAGAUUUGGUUUGUAAAUGCAUUUAAUGCUGUUCAUGAAAAAUAUAGAGAUAAGUUCAGUUCUUAUGGUAAUAAAUUGUUAGCUACAGUAUUCAACUCAUUCGAAGAAUUCAUCUUGGUCGACUCGGAUAUAGUUAUAUUCAAGAAUCCAAAUUGGUUCUUUGAUAUUGCCAAAUAUAAAGAAUCAGGAGCUUAUUUUUAUAAGGAUAGAAGUACUGGAGAUAUUAGGCCCGAAUCAGACACCCACUUUUUCAAGAAAAUGUUUCCAUCAUCAAUUGAUUCAGUCAUGUUUGGAAUUCCAAUGGUUAGUGAAAAAACUCUUGACUUGGAAGGUAUGAAUGGUGAGUUCCAUUUUAUGGAAGCUGGUGUUGUAGCACUUGAUAGAAUUAGACAUUUUAAUUCAAUUUUAUUGAUGCCCCAAUUAUACUUCAUGAGUCCAUUUAAGCAUAGAAUAUAUGGUGAGAAGGAGUUCUUUUGGUUAGCAUUUGCUGUUAAUGGAGAUGAGGAUUAUGAAUUUGAUAAAUACUUCGCUGCAGCAGUUGGUGAGAUAAAACCUGAUAGAGUUAGGAAGAAUGGUAAACCAUAUCAAGCUAAGCAAAUUUGUAAUGCUCAUCCAGCUCAUUUAAGUGAUGCUGACGAUUCAUUAGUUUGGUUAAAUUCUGGGUUUCAUUUCUGUGGAAAGUACCAUUUAGUUGAUUAUGAGAAUGAUCUUAAGAAACAAGGAAACAGAUACCUAAAAACGUUUGAAACUGUAGAAGAAAUCAGAAAAUACUACUAUGAUCCUAUAGAUAUAGUACAUGCAAUUAUACCGCCAUUCAUAGAUGCUCACCAUAAUGACUUCCCAAAUUCCGAAGAAGAGCCUCCUACUGGUUGGGAGAUGACUCACGUAUUAUGUCAUGAUUAUAUGUGGUGUACGUAUAGUUCUAUUGGAGCAGGAGAAAAUUACCAUAAUGGUACUAUUAUUAAUUUUUCCAAAGAAGAAAGGGAUUACUUCAAAUAUUUAGGUGAUAUCUGGGUGGGAAAUGAGUAAAGAGAUAGGGUUCUAUAUAUUUGAAUAGUUUAUAAAAAUGCAAUUACCUAUAAUUUGUAUCAAAACAUCAUACUGAAUCACUAUAUACGUGAGUUACGUAGAUCCUUAUGCGCACGAAGCCA